CACGUGUUGCGGGGAGGCUCGUCUCCGGAAUCGACGUCAUCGCCAGGCGCAGGGUGGCGUGGGGCGUCGCUGCCUGAGGAGAAGUGUUCUCCUACUAGCCUGCGUCCUCCAGUGGUGCACCAUGGAGCGUUACCACAUCCGCGAGUACCGCUCCGAGGACUAUGAGACGGCACGCGACUUGUUUGCCACAGGCAUGAGUGAGUAUGUGCCCACCCUGUGCGUGCACAUGCUGAAGCAGCCCUGGGUAAUCCUGCUCCUGGCCUGCACCUUCUGCUUGCUGCUAACCAGCUCCAAAUCGCUCCUGCUGCCCAUCCUGGCCGUCACCCUGCUGCUGGCUGUCGGCCGGCAGCUCUUAGGCUACAUCUGGUCCAUGUACAUCGACCACUGCUUGCAGGAGGACCUGCUGGACAUCAAGGCUGCUUACCUGGGAGGCAAGGGCUCCUGUUUCUGGGUGGCCGAGGCAGAUGAGUGUGUGGUGGCCAUCGUAGGUGCCAGGCCCUCCGAGGAACACCUGGGAGAGCUCAUGUUGAAGCGCAUGUCGGUUCGGAAGGACUAUCGCGGCCUUGGCAUUGCCAAGGCCCUCUGCAGGACAGUGAUCUCCUUUGCCCGAGAGCAUGGUUACCAGUCUGUGGUGCUGAACACCCUCAUGGUGCAGCAUGAGGCCCGUGCCAUGUACGAGGGCGUUGGCUUCCGCAUGUAUCACCACUAUGUCCUGCCCACCAUCUACGGCAGGUUGGCCAACUGCACCGUUUCCAAGUAUCGAUAUGAUAUCCCCUCCGUGGACUGAGGGGGAGAAACCAGGGAGUGGUCGGUGGUGUCUGCCUGGGUCUGGUCUUUCAUCCCAUUUGUCCCUUGGACAUUUGGUGUAGUUGAUUAUGUGGUGCCAAGAGAAUUGGAAGUGGUUUGUUCUGGUGCUCAGCAAAGGGGUGUCUCCUUUUGGACUUUUCCAGUUUGCUGCAGAGGGCACUUGACAGCCAAGUUUUUAAGGAAUUCUAGCAAUGAAGGAAACUGUAACUAGUAAUAUUUCCAGAAGGAUCCUUUCCUUUUUGCUUCCAAGGUGUUUGUGAGAAAAUGGGGGUCCUGGUUUGGAAGGGAUGUGUAACUUUACAGGACUGAGUUUUCAUUGCCGAAGAAAGUGGGCUUCUCUGGUGGCCUCAUCUCAGCACUUCUGAACUUGCACGGAAGCCGCUCUUUGCCUUGUUCCUUGGGAGGACUGUUGUUGGUCCAAGUGGCAAGCGACUGGCCCAAGAGCCAGAGUGCCAGGAGAGACUAUUGCUGCUGUCACCAAGGGCCUUUGUUCUUUUCUUUUUUUUGCCUUCUGGGAUGGGCUAAGGCCUCAGAGGCCCUUCCAUCACAUCACCUUGAUGCAAAGAUUUCUGUUUGUUUCCUCAGGGCAUGCAGCACAUUGAGCUCUGCAUCUGAUUAAAUGUGCAGGAAAUUCAUUCUUCGUGCUCUUCAAUGCAACCCAAAUGCUGCUGUUUUCAUAACCUCUUAACUACAUUCAUUUGAACUAGCUUAAUAACUCCAGCAGUUGUCUUUGGCAGAGAUCUGUGUCUCUGGUGUGUCCUUUGAGAUGUGGUCCUACCCGAGGAGAUAAUACUAUUCCUUCUUUGCAUUCCCCACAUUAUGGUCGCAAAAUUAUGACUACUGUUUCUAUAAACCAAGGGCCAAUAAUAAAUCUCUCUCAUACAUUUGUACAGGGGAA